AUGGCCAGUAACCUGAGAUCAGCCAGAGGGUGCAGUAAUCCAUCCCACGUCCGAGAGCCCUUCCUGCAGAUGGUCCAUGCCCAUGAGUCUCCCUCGACCUACCAAACGUGGGCUCAACGUGAGUUCCUUCUCCCCAGUGAAUCCUGGGAAUUGCCUGGCUUCACCAGCCAAGCCUACCACCAGCUCGCCCUGAAGCUGCCGCCCUGUACAGAAAUGAAGUCCAAGGUGCGUCACCGACUCAUCCAGCCUUGGAAGCCUGCUGCCCCACACACCUGGGGCUUCCACACGUGGCUCGAUGUGGGGCGUUUGCCGGCCACCUUUCCCACCAGCUCCAACAGGCCAUACGAUAGCAAUGUCUGGCGCUGGCUGACGGACUCCAGGGCCCACUGCCGCCCCCCAGCAGAGCCUCCCGUCCCCCCUCCCUCCUGGAUGGGUCAAAAGAGCUGUCUGACCUUCAUCUACUCUACUCCUAUCUUCUUGGACCCAAAUAGGAAGAACCAAGUGAUUUUCAGGACGGUGAAGGAACUAAGAGAAGUGGAGAAACUCAAGCUGAGGAGUGAGGCAAGGGCACCUCCACUGGAUGCCAAUGGCAACAUCCUGCCCCCAAAGAACUUCAAGAAGUACCGGCACAUCUCAGCUGGUGGAAGGUUUGAACCCCGCGGCCUCCAGCUCAUGCCCAAUCCACUUCCAAAUGACUUAGCCAGGAGCUGGCCCUGCCCGAACCCUCAGCCUCAUUACCAGGAGAAGGCACUGAAGCUGGCCUUGCUGCCCAGUGCGCCCCUGAGCCAGGACCUUGUGAAGAAGUACCAAACCCUGAUAGAGGACCGGGUUGCCUUGCCCCUCCACCAUCUCUCCAAGGCACAACCUGGCAAAGCCUCAGUGAGAAAGAGAACGAGAAGACCUGGAUACAUCUAG